UAGGCAUGCAACCAACUAGGGUACCCCAUAAAUAUUGUUAAGAACCCAGCUAGCGCACAUACCAUUCUGAAAUAAAACCAAGAUAGCAUCAUAAGCGCAUGCAAGUAGAGCUAGCUGCACCCAUUCCUUCCUUCUCAACUAUGGCCUCAUCAUCAACCCACUCCAUGGGACUCACAAUGCCAUUUUCACUCGCUACCGUUCUCGUCAUCCUGAGCUGCUGCACACAAUUUGCGCUUGCAGCUCGCGAGGUGUCGACAGCCGGCGAUGACAAGGCCAUGAGGGAGAGGUACGAGAAGUGGAUGGUGGAGAACGGCCAAACAUAUGAGGACUCCGCCGAGAAGGCCCGGCGAUUCGAGGUAUUCAAGUUCAACGCCCACUUCAUCGACUCGUAUAAUGCUGCAGCAGGGCCAGGAGGCAAGAGUCGGACGGGCCUGCUGACGACCAACAAGUUUGCCGACCUAACCGGGGAUGAGUUCAGGAGCACUUACAUUUCUGGUCGCUCGGGAGGCGCAAUCUCCGGAGGCAUAAACGGUACCAUGCCUCCACUCGGAUCCGGAUUUAUGUACGGGGCCGUGAGGCUUUCGGACAUGCCUGCUAGUAUGGACUGGAGGGAGAAGGGCGCGGUAACUCAAGUCAAAGACCAAGGCUUGACAUGUGAAUGUUGCUGGGCGUUCUCUGCGGCGGCAGCUGUGGAAGGCAUCCACCAAAUCAAAUCAGGCAACCUAGUUUCCCUGUCGGUACAGCAGCUGGUGGACUGCUCCACCGGCGCGAACGACGGUUGUAAACCCCGCGACAUGGACAAGGCCUUCCAGUAUAUCAUCGAUAGUGGCGGCCUCACCACCGAGCAAGCAUAUAGCUACCAAGGAUACCAAGGCACCUGCAGCGCAUCUGGAAAACCGAUCGCGGCCAGGAUAAGGGGCUUCCAGGAUGUUCCUCCACGGAACGAGACCGCCCUCUUCUUGGCCGUCGCACAUCAGCCCGUGUCCAUUGGCCUAGACGCUGGGAUUAACAGCGUGAUGCAAUUUUUUAGUGGUACCGGAAUCUACGGUGCAGCAGGUGAGCCCUGCACCGAGGACCUCAACCAUGCCAUGACGAUCGUGGGGUACGGCACUGACGAGCACGGUACCAAGUACUGGCUAAUGAAGAACUCGUGGGGAAGUACUUGGGCUGACCAGGGCUACGUGAAGAUCGCCAGAGAUGUGGUGUCCAACGGCGCUGGCAUUUGUGGCCUUACCAUGCAGGCCUCCUACCCUGUUGUUGCCUAAAGAAGAAAAUUGCGCCAAAUACAUGUGACACCCUCUGGUGGCGCAAGCGAGGGUGAAUAAGAUCCAAAAGGUGCACAAGAUGUUGUAUUGUGUGUUACAUGUAGUAUUUCCUAACAAUGUUA